AAAUGAUGUAAACAUUGAAGGUAUAUGGCGACAAACGUUAAAUGGUGAUCCUUUUCUACUUAUUGAUCAGAAACAACAACCAGUAUUUGAUACAUUAUCAUCUCUUCAACAAUUAUGUAGUAGUGAUCAUUUAUUUAUGGAUGGUACAUUUUCAUGCUGUCCAUCUCCAUUCUAUCAGUUAUAUACCAUCCAUUGUUAUAAUAAUCAAAUAUCUACACCAAACCUUUAUUCAUUAUUAGCGGAUAAAAGUCAAGGUACAUAUACAAACUUAUCAGCUGCAAUUCAACGAAUUUGUUAUGAAAAUCAUUUAAUUAUUAAUCCAAAAUAUAUAACCAUAGAUUUUGAAACUGCGAUGAUAACUUAUCUAAGUAUAAUAUUUCCAAAUGCAGCAAUAAAAGGCUGCAACUUUCACUUUAAUAAAUGUUUAUAUAAACGUUUACAAGCAUUAGGAUUCCAGUCUGCUUUUAUUAAUGCUGAAUCUACAGAUAUUAAUGAUAUAAAUGUUCGAAAUUUAUAUAAGAAAACAGCUGCACUUGCUUUUAUGCCAGAUCAGAUUCCAAAUUUAUGGGUGCAAAUUAUGAAUGAUUUUCAAUAUAUUCAAAAUAUUGAACCAUUUUUUGAUUAUUUUACAACAACAUGA